GAACCAGCGUGCUUUGCCUUGUCAAACGGAAAAACAUCUUCACUAUACACUUUCAUGACUGUCCUUUAUCCAGAUUUGCAAUUUGCACAUCUCACACGACCUGUAAGCGUUGGUUGGAGAUUGGGUUUACAAUUGACUUCUGCUUUAUCUUCUUUUAUUUUCUCAUUUCUUAUUGGCUUUGUCUUGCUUGUGUUGUUUGUGCUGUUUUUUGAUCUGUCCAUGUUUUUGUUCGGGACUGGAUUCCGUAGAGAUUUCAGCUUGUAACCAACAAAAUGUUUAAAUUAUCAAUACUCUUUUUGGACCCUCUUAUCUUAAAAUGUUUACUAAAUGCAAAAAUUAUU